GCUGAGGCAAGAUCGAAGGAGCUCAGCUCGCUCGAGAUCGAGGCUGCCAUAAGCUACUUCUUGCGGUAGAUCCGGCGGUGGCUUUACCGCAGUGCUUCAAUGUGCUCGGUGGCAGCAUCCUGGAACUGAAUGGCUGCACUGAAGGCUGCGGGUAAGAGCAGGUGGUAUGGAACAUCGCGACAAUUGCAGUGGAGGUGAAGCGAAGGGAUCGACCGAAGCUCCUGCUGAGCUUGACCGUUGAAGUACGCAUGGCCAAGUGGUUCGCAAUCAACGUGGAGUCUCAACAAAGGUCCAUCUGCCUCCGAUCGAUUGAUUCAAACAAGCUUUCGCAUGACAAGCAGCUUUGUGCCUUCCCGGGCUUCUCACUUGAGUCGCAACCGUUUUCGCGACCACACACCUUCGCUGCGCACUGUGAACACCGCUCUUGCCCGGAAAAGUUAGUCUUCAUAAUGAGCCUCACGCCCGAGAACGAAUUGCAUUGUUCAGUACGCCCCAUCGUGUCCAAGCCUUUGCACCUCAUACAGAAUUUGGUCUUGCAGCAGAAGUGGGCGGACCAAACAGUGAUUGCAAGGCGGCGUACAAAGGUGGGAUCUGGCCAUCGAAAACUUCUGGCAACGGUCCAGUGGAUGGCACGUUUGCUUUGCUACCACACUGUCUGUCAGCGGAUACGAACCGUACAUGUCGUCGCAAUUUGGACUCAACACAGCUGAGGAUCAACCUGGAAGGUUAUCUGUAAGGCUCACAAUUGUUCACCACUCAAGCCGGUCAAGCAGACAGACGUUUCUAGGGAGGGGCUAAGUGAGGCUCUCAACAACGUGCUCAAGGCUACGAAGCGUGCGUCGUUGACACCGGACGAGAUUGGGACAG